CACAUGGAAAACCUGAAGCGCCCUCUGCAUGCUCUGCACGGAACAGCCACUACGAAGAGGCGGUUGACUACGGUGGUGCCGAGUUUCGCUCUACGGUCACUUGCGUUUUACACAUUCCCAAGGACGGGUCGCCUCCUCCUCUCAUCUGUUCUUCGGUAACAAAUCAAUUCCACAAACACCACCAUGUUUGCCUGUGCCCGUAUCACCCCCGCCGCCAAGAGCGCCCUUGUCGCCAGCUCAAGGGCAUACCUCCGACCCCUGGUCAGCGCAGUUAACUCUGCGAGCCCCCUGACCCAGGUGCAGACCCCUGUCAUCCCCAGCCAGUCCCUGCUGCCCCUUGUCCGAAGCUUCCAGACUUCAUCUGUGUCCAACGACAUCGACUCCGCCGCCAAGUUCAUUGGUGCCGGCGCUGCCACCGUCGGUGUCGCUGGCUCUGGAGCUGGUAUUGGAUCAGUCUUCGGUUCCCUCAUCAUCGGUUAUGCCAGGAACCCCUCCCUCAAGCAGCAGCUUUUCUCUUAUGCCAUUCUUGGUUUCGCCUUGUCUGAGGCCAUGGGUCUGUUCUGUCUUAUGAUGGCUUUCCUGCUCUUGUUCGCUUUCUAAGCGGAUUAGUUCAUGUUCACAUUAUACCUCGUGCUGUUUUCUUUCUUAUGGGAAGGGAGUAGCUGGGGUUAAAAUUGGGAGAUUCGCCAUUAUCCAUCCAAUCUAAGGGGCAAUUUGGGAAUGGCACAGUGUAGUCACUGCCAAGUAUUAAAUUUUAUGAUGUUUUAAACUUUUUGUUAUAAUAUCCUUGUUUUCCUCUACAUGGGGCAACUUUCAAUCAUGUUGAACUUGGGUCUUAUCUCACUAAGGAGGCUACCUCAAAUCCUUGUAUAUGUGUAUCGAAAUUGCAGUCCCCCUUAUGGUGAACCUCCCAUUUGUAGCUGUUAAAGUGAGCUGGGUGACGAAAGGUACAAGCAAUAAGACAGUAAUGUCUUGAGUAAAUGCAAAUCAUUUUCUACCAUGUACAAAUUGCUGAAAAUACAACAUAAUGACAAA